AUGUCAUUGAAAAACCUCGACAAGCAAUAUGCACAACGUAGACAGACUUAUCGUGCAGUCCUAGAUAAUCCCUUUACCAACGAAGGGUCCCUUUGGCCACACGUGAAAGAUCAGCAACAGGUAUGGGAACUGAUUCAAACCAUACUAUUGGCUAGAUGCAGGGCGCUAGCUGAUGCGGAAGUUCCUGCACCUGAAUGGCCCCUUGGUAUCACUACUUCUUUCAACGAAAUAGUUACACUGCUACAACAUGAAAAUGACGACAACGAUCAGUCAAACAGGAGCCCACUUCUUCUGCUGGUAUGUAAUAAAGACCAUGGCGUGUCUAGUGUCGUCUUACAGCAGAUCCCUCUGCUGGCAUACAUGUCACCACGUAAAGUAACCUUAGUACAACUACCGCGCGGAGCCUUAGCUACCAUUCAAACCCAAUUGAAAAGUGACUGUACUGAAGGGCUUUUACUAGCAUGGGGGGAUGAACUUCAAUCACUGGUGAAUCAAAUUACCGCUAAAAUAGAUCAACCUCAAUUACCAUGGUUGGAUCAGGUAAAAUUCGAACCCACGGCUUUGAAGCUGUUGAAGACUACAGCCCCUUUAAAGAAACCAGUGGAAAAAGCUGGAAAAAAGUAA